AUCAACAAUUUAAUAUGGUCUUCCUUCCAAACAUGUUGCUUACAAUGUCAUUGGCCUGGGUAGCUAGUGCUGCCACCAUUCCCUCCGGUUUCCAAAAGAGAGGCGACGGGUACAUCAAGUUGGGGUUUGACAUUCAAUCCGCCGGUCACAAAAACAUUUCUCCUCCAGGUUUGUCCAAGAGAAGUGGAACUGAUAAUCUUCCAUUGUUCCAGGACAGCUACUUCUACAAGGCUGAUAUCCAGGUGGGAUCUCGGAACGAUGCUAUUAGCGUGGAAAUCGAUACCGGCUCGUCUGACUUGUGGAUUAUAGACACUUCUGCUGGAGUGAGCACUUCUGCUGGAACCUACGAUUCUUCCAAGUCCUCGACCUACCAGUACGUCAACAACCAGUUUGAGAUUGGGUACGUUGACGGGUCCAGCGCCACCGGAAACCUCGUCAAGGAUACCGUCACGUUGGGGUCUGGGUCAGGAGGGCCAGUGUUGAAAAACCAGGAGUUUGGCGAUGUCACCAGCACCAGUCUUGGUCAGGGUAUUUUCGGUAUUGGGUUCCCUUCUUUGGAAGCUGGACACCAAAAUAGCAAUGCAGCUAUCUACACAAAUAUUCCUGCAAACUUAAAGGCCCAGGGAUACAUCCAGAAGAAUGCUUAUUCGCUCUACUUGGAUGGAGUCGGAGAUAGUAGUGGAACUGUUCUCUUUGGAGGCAUUGAUCACGACAAGUACUCGGGAGACUUGGUGACAUUGCCAGUAACCAACAGUGACAGACUUAAUGUCGAUGUUGACAGUUUUGGUGUUGGUAAUUCCAAUAUUAGCGACGGAACUUCCUAUACCCUAGACUCGGGUUCGACCAACACCUGGUUACCAGCAAGUGCGCUUAAACUGCUUGCUGAUGCCGCAGGAGCCAUUUACGAUUCGAACAUUGGGGCAUAUGUGUUUAGUGACUGCAACAGUAUUCCUGAGGUGAGUGUUAACUUCAAUGGCAUUUCGAUUACGAUACCUUCAACCGAUGUGUCCAAGACGUUGUAUUCGAAUAACGGGAAUGUCCUUGCGCAGUGUGGGCUUCUUUUCUUUGAAAACAAUAACUAUCCCACCUUGGGAGACAACUUUUUGAGACACGCCUACGUGGUAUAUGAUCUUGACGAUCGGGAGAUCUCGCUUGCCCAGGUUGUGUCGAGUGCAAGUGAGAACAUCACCCCGAUUUCGUAGUAUUCCAAAAAUGUUUCUUUAUCAAUAUACGUUUGAGAG